AUGUCUGAAUGCUACCUCUAUAGGCUCCCAAACGAGCUGUUACUACAUCUCUUCGCUCCGAUACCAACGCCUGAACUCCUCCCCUUGACGACGCUUUCUCAUCGCAUAUACACGAUUAUCCUACGCAUCCUACAUAAUCGUCUCAUCGCAGCCGCAUAUUUACAUUCACACACCCUGCUCCUCGAGUGCUACCAGCCCUCCGCGAAGCUUACCGAACCAAAUUACUUCUGCGCAUACCUUGGCACCGAUGGCCUAUCGAUCUAUGAUGAGCCUGAGCCCAACGAAAAGAGAGUAGGCAGGCUUAGAGAUAUGCACAAUUUGUACUCUCGCUUCCGACCACACCGACGAGACUUAGAAGCUGAUGGGAGGAGAGUGUUACCGCGGCCAGGAGACGUACCUGGGAGUCGCACAUUCCCAGGGACUGUUCAGGAUAGACAUCAAGGUGAGACAGUCAAGCAGACACUAGGCUUGGACCCGCACGAGCUGUUCACGCAAUUGGUGGCGCAAAUAAAUCUAGUCAAGAUUGGGCCGCGCAAUGGUCUCUUCACCUGCUUCGUAGGUGUGGAGGAUGGCGUACUGAGAGUAUGGAGAGACUGGCUGCGAGACACGGCAGAAAAAGGCCGAACGGCCAAUAUACAUGAUUCGCGGCAGAACGUUGAGCAGAAUGGCAAGGGCAAAGAAGUCGUUCGAGCGAUUGAAAACAAUGAAAACGAUACAGAAGAUUCACAGGUCCUAUGGGUUAACCCGCUGAAGAACACCGGUAUACGCUUUAAUGUGAGGGAAAGAAAACUCCAUCGAGACGCGCCAAUCCUCAUCAGGUCGGACGAGGACAUGCCUGUCAGCUAUGAGAUUGAAUAUGAUGAGCUUCUCAUACGAACGUCCCAUCUGCUCCUUAUGCUCGAGAAAUCAAUGGUACAGGAAGACAAUUCAUCCGGCAAAGCAGUCGUCUUUGGUUCAUUCGGGUAG